AUGACUCUCUCAGUUAUUGUUCGUGAAAACUCGAAAUCCCAAUAUCGGAUUGUGCUCAGAAAUACUUCGAUUUAUGAUGUGGCUGUGAAAAUAGUGAAUCCGAAUGAAAGUCCAAAACUGGAUCGCUUGGAAUGUCUUGUUCUCUCCAACAAGUACACUGAUAUCAACGUUCUCGAGACACCGUCUAAAGCGGUCUUGUGUGGCAACAAGCUGAAGCCGGUUCUUAUCUACUGUCGCGCCAUUUAUCCGUUCAAUCGCAAGAACAUCCGUCAUUGGAUUGAGGGACACGUGACUGAUAAGCCCCAUCAUCUCGUUCAAUCUCUCAACUUUCUUGUUGAUGAUGCCGAGUAUUCUGCGAAUACGGUUGUCGUUGACUUGCCCGGCAAAUCAACAAUGGUUGAGUCGACGGGGUAUUCUCUCAAAAUGAAUAACAGUAAUACGGUACUUCGCGCUUUUCUGGAAAACGACACGGCUUCUGCGUGUCAUUUUGAUUCUAAGUCGGUUCUGAAAUGCCUCCCAAAAGUUGCAAAACCGGACAAUCUGAAAUCUUCAAAAUCCGUUGCCAAGGCACCAACGGAGGAUAAAUUCGACGACGCCUGUUUCGUCGUUCCAUUAUUCAAGGCUCUCUGCAAUCCGAAGACUAAAGUGCAGACACUGGCUCACGGGAAUAGUAAAUCGGCUGAAUGA